AUGAAACAACACUCUGCUACUGUUGAAACAUCAAAUAAAGCUGUCGCCGAUUCUGCUGAGGUUUGCAUGUCCACGACCGAAAAAGUCGAUAAACUGAUUGGAGAUACUAAUUCCUUCAUGGAGAACUUCCAAACCACUUACAAUUCCAACACCACAUCAGCAAACGAAGCAUUGAAGAGUCUGGGUUCUCUCUUCAAGACUGAGAAGGCAAAACUCCAAGAGAUUCAUACCGGUCUUAAAACUGACCAUGAAUCAUUUCAAGCCACUAUCUCGUCUCAGCUUUCUCAGCUCAAAGACGAAUUGGUGUAG